AUGUUUUCAAGAAUUGUCUAAUUUAAAAUUUAUGGCAAAAUUGAUGAAAAACUGUAUAAACUAAUUUCUUAAUUUAGAACCUAAAAAGUAUAUAAAAGCAUAAAGGAUACCAAAUUAAUUAAGCCAAAUUUAGUGACUCUUCAUAUACAUGGAGAAGGCUCAUUUGUUUAAUCUAAAAACAUUGCAAUUGCAAUUAGAAAUUAUGCAAAAUAUUAUAAGUAAGUUUAAUACUAUUUCUUUACAGAGUACCCUUAUACACAUUUGGAGAAGAUUUUGUAUUGAACAGUUCUGUGUACUUAAUGACUGUUGGAGAUAAAAACUUUGCUAGUGAAUAUUCUGUCAUUGGAGAUUUUGGAUAUGUGUAAAGAAGAUUAGGAUAUAAACAAUUAAUGGAAAAUUUGGGGAUGUAACAUUAUAUGAUCAUAAUAAUUAGAGAACACAAAUUCAUUCAUAGCGGAGAAAAAAAAGUGAAAUUAAGUCCUUAUGAUGAUUUAAAAGAAGAAGAUGUUAAAUGGUAAAAAUUAUAAUGAUGAUCAUAGGAUGGAAGGCCAAUUAAAACAUAGAGAAUCAAGAUUAAAAGCGGAGAUUAUGUAAAACAGAAACUAGAAAGUUGAUUAGGAAAUGUGGAAUAAAACCUUGCUCACUGGCUAAUAGGCUUUAAAAUAUGGUUUAGUUGAUGGAUUAGGAGUCUUUGAUGACAUUAGAGAGAAGGAGUAUAAAGGAAUUAAGUCAUAUGAUAUAUUGUCUAAUCUUUUGGAUUAUUAUGUUCCUGCCAAGUAUAAAAAUUAAAUUAAAUCUAGUGCAACAUUUUCUAGUUACUUAUCCAUUUGA